AUGUUUCUAAGAAAUUCCAUUUUGAGGACUACUCCAACCUUAAAGAGAGGUAUAACAACCUUAACCCCUGUCAGCACCAAGCUGGCUCCACCUGCUGCGGCCUCUUAUUCUCAGGCCAUGAAGGCGAACAGCUUCGUGUACGUGUCUGGUCAAAUCCCAUAUACCGCUGCAAACAAGCCCGUCCAAGGUUCUAUCUCUGACAAGGCGGAACAAGUUUUCCAAAAUGUCAAAAAUAUCUUAGCUGAAAGUAACUCUUCUUUGGACAACAUCGUCAAAGUCAACGUAUUCUUGGCUGACAUGAAAAACUUUGCCGAAUUCAAUUCAGUGUACGCCAAGUACUUUCACACUCAUAAGCCUGCAAGAUCCUGUGUCGGUGUUGCUUCCUUACCAUUGAACGUUGAUUUGGAAAUGGAAGUUAUUGCGGUUGAGAAGAAUUGA